AUGGGCUGGUUCUGGGGUUCCUCGCCCUCCUCCCCCUCAGACAACUCCUCCGACCCCCUCCAAAAGCUCGAUCCCGCCCUCCGAGACUUCCUCGAAAAAGAGGCACCCGCCCAACGCCCCCAGAGCGCCUCACCGCGGCCCUCACCUCCGACCUCCGCACCCAUCGAACGGCCACAUCUCCCCACCGUCCAGCCCAAAUCUACCCCAUCCACUACCUCCCUCUCCGCGGACCCAUCCACUCCCGCCGUGCCACCCCAAUCCCUCUAUCAAGAUGGCCGCUACGCCCACCUCUGGAAAGGCUACCGCCCGCAGUCCGAAGUCGAGUCCGCCGGAAAGUCCGACCAAGAAAAACUAACCGACAUCAUCGACUCCUACAACGAGCGCAAAGCGGGCAUCGGGCGGGCAGCCCUCGAGAACUGCGCGCUCGAGCAGCUAGCCUACAACGAGUGCUUCAGGUCCGGAAGCUGGAAAUCCCGCAUGACAAUGUGCAAGGCGGAGAACAACGCGCUGGAGCGGUGCUACUCGGUGCAGGGGCGCUUCCUCAAGGCACUCGGAUAUUUGAGCGAUGCCGGCAGGAGCGAGGAGGAUGAUGAGAGGAUUCAGAUGCAUGCUGAUCGGCUAUAUCAGCGGAUGCUGGAGCAGGAGCGGCAGAUUGAGGAGGCGAAGAAGGCGGGGCUGCCGGUGCCGGAGUUUAAGCCGGUGCUGUCGGGCGAGAGCAUGAGACAGGCGAUGGCGGGGGGUUCGGGGUCGAGUUUGGGGGAAACGCAGACGAGUAGUGUGGCCGCGGCGAAGAACUUGCCGACGCCAGCGACGCCGGGAAGGAAUCAGGAUGUGUUUGGGAAUGUGCCGGAGGAGACUAGAAAGAAUUUUGAGAAGAGGCUGGAGAGCUUGUCGAGAGAGGACAGAGAGCUUGAGUUGAGGGCUAUCCAGGCGGAGCUGAAUGCUGGCAGGCAGUUUGGGAGGCAGAUUGAGAGCGCGUUAGAAGAGCAGAGGCAGAACAGGUUGAAAAGGAAAGAGCACGGUCAAGAGUCGAUGGGAGAUAAGAUUAAGAGCUGGUGGGGUUGGUGA